AUGGAUGCCACUGCCAGCGCCAACGCCAGCGCCAGCGCCAGCGCAACCCCCGAACCGGAUGCGAAUUCGCGUCGCCGCUCCGGACGCGUUGUCAAGGUCCCAUCCAAGUACGCGCCAGAGCCCACCAACAACGGAGCGCCGAAGCGCAAAAGAGGUGAACAAGAUGGAGAGGAAGUUGACGAUGAGGAGAUGGAAUCAGAUGAGGACGUGAGCGACGAGGGCAAUGAAAGCGACGAGGAACACCCGGCGCCUAGGUCGCGAAAGGCUGGCGGCAGCCGUUCCAAGAAGCCCUCCAGCAAGAAGCCCAAGAUCAACGGUGCACAACCCUCGGGGCCUGCCCAGGUCUCCCGAAUUCCUAGCAGACCCAAGAAGACUGUCCGCAUCGAAGCUGGAGAGAAGGGAACAGGCCUAUUUGCCGAUAUUUUUGGCUCUGGAGACUCCUCCGACAAUGUCGCGCAACAAUGGUUGGAAAAAUAUAGAGCAGACGACGCGUCUGCACUGGCUGAUCUCAUCAACUGCAUUCUUCAGUGCGCCGGUUGCGAGCUGGAGGUUACGACUGAUGAUAUACGGGACCCCGAGAACAUCCCCAACAGACUGGUUGACCUGCAGACAGUCCAUCAGGAGCAACAAAUUACCGACUACCCAUUAAUAUCAAAAGCGAAAAGUACAAAAUCAUUCCGUGACAUGCUUGUGGGCUUCUUCCAUUCCUUGGUUCAGCUACUUCACGAGACGGAUGUGCUUUACAAGGACACUGAUUUGAUGGAUAACUUACACGCAUGGCUCGCAAGCAUGUCCUCAUCGUCUUUGCGACCCUUCCGCCACACAGCAACCACCAUUUCCCUAGCCGUCCAGACGGGCCUGGUCACCAUAGCAAGUACCCUCGACCGAAGAAUAGCCAACAUCGACCAGCAACUCACGGCUGCUAAGCGAAGUAAGAACAAGACCAAAGCAGCCGAAGUGCAGCGCAGCUUGAACGAGGCAAACGGAUAUCGCAAGACUUGUAGUGAGGGUAUUCAGUCAUUUUUCGACACCGUCUUUGUUCACAGAUACCGCGACGUGGACGCCAAGAUUCGAACAGAAUGCGUUGAUGCGCUAGGCGCGUGGAUUUGGAACCUUCCUACGGUAUUCAUGGAACCUGGCUACCUUCGUUACCUUGGCUGGAUGUUGUCAGAUACGAAUGCAACAACUCGCCAGGAAGUGCUGAAGCAACUCCUCAGGGUGUUCCGGCGUGAUGCACAGCAACUGGGACACUUUAUUGACAGAUUCCGACCGCGAUUAAUCGAGAUUGCAACCCUCGACUCUGAAGUCCAUGUGCGGGUCACGGCGAUUUCUGUUAUUGACACGCUGCGAUCAGCCGCCCUUUUGGAACCAAGCGAAAUCGAUGCCAUUGCUAAGCUCAUUUUUGACACCGAAAUACGCAUCCGAAAGGCUGUUGUCAAUUUCUUUGUUGCUUGUAUAGAUGACGUCUAUGAGGGGAAACUUGAAGAGAUGGGUGGCUCUGAUGUUUUGGACGAAGUAGACGACGUCGAAGAAGAUGACUACGAAUCUCCACGUAAGGAGUGGAUUAACAUCAAGUGCCUCGCAGAGAUGCUGGCGAUAUACGAUGCCCAAAUCGAGGAAUCACACCAAAAUGGCGCUGGCUCUAGCCUGGACGCCGCAACAGAGCUGUUGGACGGUGCAAAUCCUGACACCAGAAUUUCUCUGGCAGCCCAGGUACUUUACGACAAAGUGCCCGAGGUCACUAGGUGGCAAAUGAUUGCCGGUUACCUACUCUAUGAUCACACCACAAGCGCCAAAUCAAAGUCAAGAUCAAAAUCCAAAAACACCUCUCCCGAGGCUGCCCUAAAGAAGGCCGUUGCACCAACGUCAGAGGAAGAGUCCAUCCUCCUUGAUGUCUUGAGCUCGGCAGUCAAGUCGAGUCUCACUUUAACAGCCGACCACGAUAAAGGAAAGAGAAGACUGGGCCGAACAGAGGCAGCCGAAGCCCAAGAAGAAGUGGCACUGGAGCUGACCACGACGAUCCCCAGGCUGCUGAACAAGUUUGGCGCUGAGCCUGAAACAGCGGCCAUUGUACUACGUUUGGAGCGAUUCCUGAACCUCGACACCUUCCAACAGCUGCGCCAAGACUCUAGCAAGUAUGAAAGACUACUCGAUGAGAUUAGCACGCAGUUCAACAGACACGACGAUAAGAGAGUUUUGUCUGAGGCUACUGCAGCUCUGUUACAUGCUCGCCAGUACGAGGAGCUCGAGGAAUUGACUGAUGGCAAACUGUCACUGUUAUGGGAAAAUGCCAUCAACGCGCUCCGCAACUUUGACAAGUCUUGCGAGCUUUCCGUGCGUGGCAAUCUAGCCGAGGAACCACUGCGCAACUUGACGACCAUCCUGAUGAAGAUUAGCAAACUUGCAAGCAUAUCCGACUGUGUCGAUGUUUUGGAAGCCAAGUCCAAGUCCGCGGAUUCGACCUCACCUGCCAUCGACAUUCUCAGCAAUAUUGUCCACCGUGGCAAAUAUGAACCACAAGAAGAUGAAAUCGAUGACCUGGAAGACGAAGUAGUCACAUUUGCCAUCAAGGCAUCCCAAUUCUACUUUAUGUGGAAAGCCAGAAACAUCGCCAAGCUCCUAGCAUCCGGAACGGGCAUGUCCGACGCGGCGCUGGACACACUCUCCGUCCUACGUCAAUCAUACCGACGCCAUCUUAUUGAAACCUUUUCAUCACGGGCUGCCAUCGACCAACUCCGUCUCUUCUCAACUGGCAGCCUCUGCGACCUCCAUCUCGUAUUCGCCACCCUCCGUCCCUCGAUCAAGAACUUCCGCCCCUCAUCAUCAGCAGCCGCCGGCCGCGGCGACAAGCUCAAGGUCCUCCUCCAAGAAAUCGAGCCCGGCCUCGUCCCCGAACUCAUCUCCAUCUUCGAUGGCGCAGAACGGCAAUACGCCAAAAAGUCCAAACGGGACAAAACUCUCAACGACCCCGCCGAAGAUGAAGAUCCCAUGGCCGACGACGAAGAACUCGAUGAAGACGACGACGACGAAGAUCUCUCCAAAGAAGGACUCUACGCCGCUGAACUCAAGGCCGAAAGAGCCUUUUGCGAACUCACAGCUAAAUACGUCCUCGCCUUAACAGCAAACCUCAUCGACAACCGCGGAGCCGCCAAGCUCCGUCGCAGAAUCAUCCGCAACGAAACAAAGCUCGGCAACAACUUCAAAGAAAUCCUAGCCCAUUUAGACGAAGAGAAAUUGUCCAGACGGCACAAGAAGCCCAAGCAGCCCGCGAAAUCUGAUAAACAAGCUCUUAGUUUGGAAAUCGUCACGGGCGAAGACGACGAUAAUGUCUUUGAUGACGUAGAACCUGAAGAAGGCUCAAGAGAGGAUUUACGGAGAAGGGAAUUGCUAGAGGAUGAUCCUAUUGAUGAGGGCGGAGAAGAAGACGGGGUGAAUAACGACGUGGAUGAUGAUGUAUUGGGUGAUUAA